GGUAGGUACGUGGACAUCCCAACCUACUUACCUGUCUUAAGUCUCGACUCAGUCAGUCAGUCAUCGCGUGCGUUCAAUGAACUUAAAAAAAAUAUUAUUUUACAAAGUUACCCAAUACUGCACAGUGUGUACCGGUAAACAAUGUGAAAAAUAAUAUCACCUUCAUUUAAAACUGAUAGUGACUUCAAUUAAAAAUAUCGUGCAGUUUGAGCGACGUGUUGUGUUUGGCAAAUAUUGCGUAUAUUCCUAGAGAAUUAGUGCGAAUAUGAGUGUGAAUGAUAGAAAACCCAAAAGUGUCAUUUUGGCGUAUGUGUACUGGUUGUUCGGGGGGAUUUUGGGCCUUCAUUUGUUUUAUCUCGAAAGGGACGCUCACGCUUUUCUUACUUGGAGUACUGUUGGAGGUUAUGGACUUGGAUGGUUAGCCGAUAUUACCAAAAUACCCAGAUAUGUCAGGGACUGUAACAACGAUCCAAAAUUUUUGGCGGAAUUAGCAGAGAGGAUGAGGCGGAACGCAAAGCCCCCAUUUUCAUCAAGCAGGUUCAUUUCUGCCAUUAUGGUGUCGUAUUUCUGGGGACAACUCAUCAUGUUGGCCAUACCGGAAGACGAAAUAGGUGGAAUUAACUGGAACAGCAUUUUCCACUGGUUCAUUCCAUUAGCUGUGGCGUUAGGUGUAUGGGUGGUAGGCAACAUAGGCAGGGAACAAGGAAAACCAUGGCUUACCAUACUGGUGUCCUACUUAACAUACCUGGCGAGGUGGUACUAUUUUGACGAAAAUAUUUGGCUUACACUAAUGGUGUUUUGUUCAGGCCUCACGUUCGACACAUUUUCCAAGGAAUGGAGGCGAACUCCGAAGAAGAAGAAAUCGUUUACUAAAAGAGUGACAGUGUUAUUCUUAUGUGCGGUUUUGUACUGUGGACUGUGGAGUUCUUAUUUGUACUUCAACGGGAAAAUAACCGAUUCCAACGGUGACGAGAUACCCAUUCAUGAAGCCCUGCAUCACUUCUUUACAUCACCGUGGUGGACUGACUUGAAGCAGUCCCUCUACGACACAUAUGUUUAUGCCCAACAUCACGGGUGGUACGAGAUAUGGAAACAGAUAAUUGACUUAUCCGACCCGCAAGGAGAACAAAACGCUUACAGGGUCUUGGGCGUGAGCCCCACGGCCAGUCAGUCUGAAAUAACAGCCAAGUGGAGGGGUCUGAGCAGGGAGUUCCAUCCAGACAAGGUGAAGGAUCCCGACAAGCAAAGGUCGGCCCAGGAGAGGUUCAUGGAGAUCCAGCAGGCGUACGAGAUCUUGUCCAACAUAAAAAGUAAAAGGAAACGAAAAAAUAAGAAGUCUGUUAGGGAGGAUGAACUCUAGGGCAAUUAAAUUAUUUAGUAUUAAGAUGAUUGGACUGUUUGACUGUUCAGUGUGACCUACUAAUGACAAUGGAUGAUUAUUGAGAAUAACUUAUACAUAAUCCUACUGAAUUGAGUCACUAGUUUUUAGUUGUUAAUUUUAUAAUAGUCCAGGGAACCAAAGGUUUCGCCUCCGAAUUCUUUCGGAUAGAAUCGAUUGUCGUGAAACAUGGACUGUAAGUAGAAAAUAGCUCAAGAAACAAAAGUUAUAUAGUGCCGAUGAGCACUUUUGCCCAGGGGUGGAAGCUACCCCUUCUAGGGAGUGAAAAAUAAAAUGAAAAUAACCCCAGGAAUCAACAAAGCAAUCAAUUUCAAGCAAAAAUUAUCUAAUGAACAUUUUUCAAUAUAUUCAGAGUUAUUGGUGAUUGAAUAUGUAAAUUUUUUAUUAAAAAAAUACGU